CUUGUCGGUUGUCCGAAAACCCGAAUAAUCGAGUGUUGAUGGUCGAAGCUGGCCCACAAGAUUACUGGUGGGAUUGGCGCUUACAUAUGCCGGCAGCGCUAAUGCACAAUCUCUGUCACGACCGAUACAAUUGGUAUUACCAUACAGUGGCACAGAAGAAUGUGGCGAACCGAACGUUCUACUGGCCAAGAGGCA